AAAUAAAAGAUAAAUCUUUAAAACGAAGUGUAGUAGAGAACAUCACGUGGUGACCAAAGCUUCAGCAAGCUGCAUGACUUGUGUUUAUGAGCAUCAAAGGUCAUAUAUUUCUGCCUCAACACUGUCAUUUUGUAGAUUGGCUUGUGUUAUUCUUGAGAAUUCAAAUCUAAUGCCUGAGAAAGAAUCUUAUUCCAGCUUAGAUUGUUGAAAAAUAUUUUUGGCUUUUAUUAAUAUGUAGGUUGAUGAUAUCACCUAAGAGUGAGUGAAAGGAAGUGAUGAAGACAUUUACAUAUGAUAUGCUAAUUUAUUUCCUUUGAAACACAGCACAGAAAAGGCAUUAGGACACACCUAACAUCUAGAGGCAGAGGUAGGUAGGUGGUGCUCAGAAAGCCCUGGAUUAAUUUAGCAAAGCAGUGAAUGCUUGAGUUUGAUUGAAGAAAGAGAAUCUAGUGCUGAAUUUCAUCACAGAAUUUCCUCCACUAAAUGGAAGAUGCAUACACUGCAAAUGCUAGAGUAUUUGACUCUGGAGGAAUGUGUAAACCAACAGUGAUUGCCCAUUUUGAUUUUCACUUCUCUUUACUCUUAGAUUUAAGGAAUCCAGAGGCAGCUCUGUCCCCAACCUUCCGUAGUGACAGCCCAGUGCCUGCUGCACUCACUUCUGGUGGCCCCAAGCCCAGCACAGCUUCAGCAAUUCCUGAAUUAGCUACAGAUCCUGAAUUAGAGAAGAAAUUGCUGCAUCAUCUUUCUGAUCUGACCUUAACACUGCCCACUGAUGCUGUAUCCAUCCGUCUUGCCAUCUCCACGCCAGAUGCCCCUGCCACUCAAGAUGGCGUGGAAAGCCUCCUCCAGAAGUUUGCAGCUCAGGAGUUGAUUGAGGUCAAGCGAGGUCUCCUGCAAGAUGAUGCGCAUCCCACUCUUGUGACCUAUGCCGACCAUUCCAAGCUCUCUGCCAUGAUGGGUGCUGUGGCAGAAAAGAAAGGCCCUGGGGAGGGAGCGGGGACUAUUGCAGGGCAGAAGCGGCGUGCAGAGCAGGACUCCGCAGCAGCAGCUCCCUUUGCUAGCUCUCUAACCUCUGGACUGGCCUCUUCAGCAUCAGAACAAGUCAAGGAGCCAGCCAAGAAGUCAAGGAAACAUGCCGCCUCGGAUGUUGAUCUGGAGAUAGAGAGUCUUCUGAACCAACAGUCUACAAAGGAACAACAGAGCAAGAAGGUCAGUCAGGAGAUCCUAGAGCUAUUAAAUACUACAACAGCCAAGGAACAGUCCAUUGUUGAAAAAUUUCGCUCGCGAGGUCGGGCACAAGUGCAGGAAUUCUGUGACUAUGGAACCAAGGAGGAGUGCAUGAAAGCCAGUGAUGCCGAUCGACCCUGUCGCAAGCUGCACUUCAGGCGAAUUAUCAAUAAGCACACUGAUGAGUCCUUAGGUGAUUGUUCUUUCCUGAACACAUGUUUCCACAUGGAUACCUGCAAAUAUGUUCACUAUGAAAUUGAUGCUUGCAUGGAUUCUGAGGCUCCUGGUAGCAAAGACCAUACUCCAAGCCAGGAACUUGCUCUUACACAGAGUGUUGGCGGUGACUCUAAUGCAGACCGACUCUUCCCUCCUCAGUGGAUCUGUUGUGAUAUCCGCUACCUGGACGUCAGUAUCUUGGGCAAGUUUGCAGUUGUGAUGGCUGACCCACCCUGGGAUAUUCACAUGGAGCUGCCCUAUGGGACCCUGACAGAUGAUGAGAUGCGCAGGCUCAACAUACCAGUACUGCAGGAUGAUGGCUUUCUCUUCCUCUGGGUCACAGGCAGGGCCAUGGAAUUGGGCAGAGAAUGUCUGAAUCUCUGGGGAUAUGAACGGGUAGAUGAAAUUAUCUGGGUGAAGACAAAUCAAUUGCAACGAAUCAUUCGGACAGGCCGUACUGGUCACUGGUUGAACCAUGGGAAAGAACAUUGCUUGGUUGGUGUCAAAGGAAAUCCCCAAGGCUUCAACCAGGGUCUAGACUGUGAUGUGAUCGUAGCUGAGGUUCGUUCCACUAGUCACAAACCAGAUGAAAUCUAUGGCAUGAUCGAGAGACUCUCCCCAGGCACUCGCAAGAUUGAGUUGUUUGGACGACCACAUAAUGUGCAACCCAACUGGAUUACACUUGGAAACCAACUGGAUGGGAUCCACCUACUAGAUCCAGAUGUGGUUGCACGGUUCAAACAAAGGUAUCCAGAUGGUAUCAUCUCUAAACCUAAGAAUUUGUAGAAGCACUUCAUUUCAGAGCUUAUUGUCCACAGCCAUGGCUCUGCAGACUAUUUCUGAAUAGUAUUUGUACAAUAGCUUUUUUGCUUAUUUAAAUAAAAAUUUGUAUU